AUGAAGACGAGAUCCAGUGAUGUUGUACAAAGAGCUGCUAACAGAGGGAAGAGGAAAUCACCUGAGGGAGGCGACAAUGGCAGAGGGAAAAGACGAUCGGUGCAGAGCGACGAGCAGAAGAACGCUCCUCAGAAAGACGAUUACGGCAGAGGGAAGAAACGAACGGCACCGAGCAACGAACAGAAGAUCCUGAGAGGAAUCCAUAGCUGUGUAUCUCCUCGGUGCUCUGCCUCUACUCGCCGUCGUCCCAGCUUCUCCUGGUUUGAGCAAGACGCAUGGACAUACAUAUCAAGGUUUCUGGAUGGUAAAUCGCUGGUGAUGCUGGGAGCGACAAGCAAAUGGUUUCACAAGACCGUAAUGGAGGAUUCUAUUUGGAGGUUUGCCUGCUUGCGUGAUCUUCAGGUGCCAAAGCCGUGUCUAGUUUCUUCAAGCUGGAUUAAGAUAUAUGCUUCUGCUUUUGAUGGGAGUCACUCUUACUUGUUCCAUCAGAAGGAAAAGCACAUUGACUGGAUGCGUAUUGGUGCCUUUACUCUCGACUCUCGAGUGUCACUCCUGACUGAGAGUUUGCGUGGUCAACUGAAAGUCCCAAGGGUUCAAGGAACCAUAGAACAGAUGCUGCACUCCACUGGUUCAUGUAUCAUAAAAGACAUCAGAACCGGUAUCUGGAUUGCAGAUUUACAGCUUGUUCGUUGCCCUGUCUGUGACCUCAGUACCUGUGAUGGAACAAUGCAAACACUCGAUACUAGGCACAUCGAACUGUUCCUGAAUGAAGAAUACAAAGAUGGAAGUUGGGACUACAAUCUCAUCGGAUCUCAUAAGUUACAGAAAGACACAAGUGCAGCUUGUGGAGCCAUAUUUGAUCUCAAACACCUUAAAGCCUCUUCAUCCUCAGGUAUUCUCCACCUCAAGUCUUGGACCGGAGAGCCAAAUGAUUCCCAACCCAAAGCAGUUGUCAUAACCCACGCAGUGGCUGUCCACACAAGGUUACAGAAAAACGAAGGAAUCCUUGUGAAGUAUCAGACGAUGAAGGCAGGAACUGAUGGUGACAUUGUUGCCAUCAGAAUCUCCCAGCAGCUACUCUGAGUUCCUGUGUUAUCAAGGUCACACAACAAAGCCUUAAGUAUAUCUCUGAUAUGCAAAUCAUUUUACUCUUCAGUAAAAUACAACUCUACUUCAUUAUAUGACUUUACAUCUUUACAGUAUAUGUUGCAAAAAUAGCCUGAGAGAUUUGAUUAUUGAACUACUUGUCUACAAAACUU